UCAACUGUUGCCGCAUCCCUCGGUCGCAAGCCCGGCAGCAUCCCAUCUCUCUCCUCCUCCUACUACCCGUGCUGCUGCUGCUGAUGUUGCUGCUGCGCCUGUUGCUGCUGCACCUGCUGCAGCUGGGGGUGUGGAAGAUGGUGGCACGGAGGGGACUUGGGAAGGAUGCGCAAGACUAGAGGGGAGAGGGACGGGCACGCGCGGCUGCAGCGGCUGGACGCGACGCUGGUGUUCGAGCUGGGCACGGGCGCACGGGUGCUGCAGCGGUGUGUGAGCGCGUUCCCCGCCCUCACGCACUUGCGCAUAGCCACGCAGUUCAACGCGCUGCCGGGGGACGACAGCAGCCUCGCCGACUAUGGCGGCGCCACCGCUGUGGUGGCGCCAGCAGA